AGCCAAAACCAAAGCCAUCGUAGACCAAAGCUCCCAGUCUUUGUUGGACCCCACGUCACCUCUGUCCCUCAAAUUUUCUAAAUAAAUAAAAGAAAGGUUAAGAGUUGAAGAGAGACAAGCCUUUGAUUCUUGUUCUUGUUGUUCCAAAUUCCCAUGGAGGACUUUCAAAGAUCAAGGUCCUAUGCACAUGGGCAAAUGAUGCAGAUUGAGAGCUACUAUGGAGCUCCUAGGCCCUAUGAUCUGAGAAGUUAUAGUGCUUCGUAUUCACAUGCUCAUAUGGGUCCUAGUCCUAGGGACUUGAAGUUGAAGAAAGGGAAAAGCAUUUCAGCAGGGUCUUCUUUGUCAAAGUCUUGGAGCAUCGCUGAUCCUGAGCUUCAGAGGAAGAAGAGGGUUGCCAGCUACAAAAUGUAUUCUGUCGAAGGUAAGAUCAAAGGAUCCUUCAGAAACAGCUUCAGGUGGCUCAAGAACAAGUAUUCUCAAGUGGUUUAUGGUUGGUAGUUAAUUGCUACUUGUAUUUUAAUUUCUGCUUUUGCAUAUCUACCAGAUUAAUCAUUCGCUUCAUCAAAGCUUUUGUUUAUAUGUCAUAUAAUUUGUUGCUUAUUAUUGGCUUCUGAAAGAUCUUCUUGGAGGGGUGAAAUGAAAUUAAUUAUAUUUAUUUUGUUGUUCAUCGUUUAUUUUCUCUAUGUGAUGGGUCGGUUGGAUUAAGCCAUGUACAGUAUUGGUGUUUCCCUUUAGUGAGGCUUCUGUUAUGUGUA